AUGGCCGCCCCCGUUCGUGGUCUUGCUACAAACCCCCCCGUAAUUGAAGCGGAGAUGAGACCUUCUCCCGUUCCUUUUUCCCUCUCGGAAUCUUAUCCGAUUCAUAACUUGCGAAUGCGAUACGCAGGAGGAACAAGUGAUCCUACGAUAUACUUUCAGAAAUUGGAUCCUCUCCAUCAUUUAAAAAGAAAUAAAGAAGUCAACAUCCCUGGCCCAGACCAGGAAUCAAUGACAAAACUCUUCGACCCAAAACCGCAAGAUACGAUUUUAAAGCCACCCAGAAUAAUCACCGCAGAUAGGCUGGCGGCUCAAGAAGCUGAUGUAACUCCUGAAGAAGAUAAGCUCAUCAACUACAUUCUUGAAUAUGAAGACCCAGGGGCAGCUUACGUGAUUAUUAUUGGCCCAAAUGGCGAGCAUAUCAUACUCAAAAUGCCGAAAGCUUACUGUGAUUGUCAAUACGAAUGUGGAAAGGUCGCGGUCUAUCGCGGUGAUGGCACGCUGUUGAGAGAAACGGGGUGUUGUCAUACAAACUGCGGGUGCAUAGCAAAGGACGUCUGUGAAUGUAUUGAGGACUGUGCGCUAGCGUUUAUUAUCGGUUCAAAUAAGCAGCACCAUAAUCACAAAUACUACGCAACUCUACCUGAUUCCCAUAUUCGUGAUUUGCAACACUGGUUGGAAGGCCGGACUGUAACCAGAAGAAUGAAAGAACAAGCUGAUCUUGAGUUGUGUAGGAAGUAUCGACAACUGCUCCCCCCUCAACUGAGAAAGGAUUUACCAUGGGAGAAGAUUCACCAAGCGCUUGAAGUCCAGAACUUGUAA